AUGUCUGAACAUGGUCAAGAUGAUGAUGAAAGGUUUUACGGCAAUUUAGAUCAAUUGCGUGAGCUUAUACGUGAUGAUGAUGAUAACGAUAGAGUUGAAGAUGAAGCCGGACAGUUUCGCUUUAACGAAGAGGAGGGAGGUAAUAAUGACUACAUGGGUGAAUCUGAUAGUGGUGGUUACGAUAUUCAUGCAGAAGAUGAAGAUGAUUUAGAAUUAAUGGAUGUAUUUUCGGACUAUGGGGAGUUAUCAGAUGAUGAAUGCAACGAGCAGGAGUUUAUGGAUGCGAUUAGGGAAGCUAAUAACUUUAAAGUGAAGAGGAAAACGAAGAAGAAUUCAAGAAAAGGUGGAUUAAAUAAGCUGCGGCAGCGAGCAGUUGAUCCAGAGAUUGCACAAUUGCUUUCUGAAGCAAAUGAAGCCUUUGUAAGAAAUGAUAUACAGACCGCCGAGCAGCUUUACAAUGAAGUCAUAAAAAAGGAUGCCAAGAAUUUUGCAGCUUACAAAACGCUGGGUGAUAUAUACCAUUUGCAAGGGAGAUAUAAUGAUUGUUGUAAUUCGUGGUUUUUGGCAGCUCAUCUGAAUUCUUCUGAUUGGGAAUUUUGGAAGAUAGUCGCUACAUUAUCUGCUGAUCUAAAGCACAUAAGACAGGCUGUAUAUUGUUACUCGCGGGCUAUUAGUAUGAAUAGUAAGGAGUGGGACUGUAUCCAUGGGCGUGCUGUGCUUUACAAGGAGACUGGUCAGCUAGGACGUGCGCUCGAGGGGUUCCAAAAGCUGUAUAACCAUAAUCCUUACGAUCCGAAUCUUUUAAGAGAACUGGCAGUGCUUUAUGUUGAGUAUGGUCGUGUGCCGUAUGCAAUUGGGUUAUAUGUGAAGGUUUUUGAACAGAACGUUGCGAGAAGAAAAGCGAUUAUCGAAGGCAGCGAAAAUGCUCUUGAAUCUUCAGAGGAAGGUGGCAGUAGUGAGGAGGACUCUAGCGAUGAAUUUGAUGACGAAGUAGUUGUACACGACGAGGAAGAAGCACAGACCUAUCCAAAUGUUAACUUCAAGAAGAUUAAUAAAAAGUACCGCUGUAUUCCCUUUGACUGGUCUGCGUUAAACAUCUUGGCGGAGCUUUAUUUGAAACUUCCCGCUGAAACCAAGGGUAUCACCAUGAUUAAACAGUGUGCAAGAUGGAUACAGCAUCGGGAGCAGCAAACUUUCUGGGAUGAUGUCCAAGACGACUCCGAGUUUGAUGAUAGAAGGUUUAAAAAUGCCCGUUUCCAGUCACUUCCUGCGUCAGAAAGGUCAAAAGAUCAUAAUUUGCCAAUUGAUAUUCGGGUUAGAUUAGGUCUUUUAAGACUCAAUAACAAACAUACACUGGAUGCAAUGAAUCAGUUUCAAUUCCUGUAUGAUGAAAACUUCGCUGACAUUUCUGAUCUGUAUUUUGAAGUCGCAGUGAACUUGGCUAAAUUCGAUCAGUACCAAGAGGCUAUUGAAUUCUUUGUUCCACUAUUAGAAGUCCCUGAAUACCAGUCUAUGGAACUAUACAAGCCCCUCAGUAAGUGCUACAAGGAAGUCGAGGACUAUGAGAAUGCGAAGCAAAUUUUUGCUAAACUAGUUGAACUAUCACCGGAGGACUUGGAAACGAAGUUAACCUUGGCAGAAAUCCACUAUCACCUAGGCGAAAGUGAAGCUUUUAACAAUCUUCUGUUGCAAGUUGUUGAAGCAAGAAAGCGGCAAGCGGAAGAGGCAACCAAGAUCUCUACUGAAGCCGAAACUUCUGAAAACAUAGAUGAAACCGACGUCGGUAUGAGCGAACGCCAGAAAUCAUUAUUGGGUACUGGUAAACCUUUGCUGCAGGAUCUCAAUAUAAGGAAAUCCAACGUCAGGAGGAGACGUACUCCGCAGGACAUAGAGGCCGAAAAGAAGGAGAGAGAGAAGAAGAUCACUUUGAGUGUUCUCGAUAAGUACAGUAAAUUGAAGAUAUACAAGGACGGAAUGGAGCGAAAGGAUCCAAAUCAAACAAUGCUUUGGAUUGACACCGCUUCGGACCUAAUUGACAUAUUCUCUAGUGUCAAAAACUUCUUUGUCAAAAGUCGUUCGAAGAAGUUCGUUGGUAUUAUUAAGAGGACGAGAAAGUUCAAUAAAGUAAUAGAUUACAGAAUUGAGCGUUUAUCAAAGCUCUCAGAAGGUGAAAACCUCCUAGAUGGCCUACCGCUAUUGGAAGAAAGGGUUAUUCUUACAUCUACCACGGAAAUGCGGGGCCUGACGUACGAUCAGUGGUUUGAACUAUUCAUGGAGCUAGCUCUCAACAUAUCCAAUUACCAAAACUAUGAGGAUGGUUUAAGUAUUAUUGAAACCGCGCAACAGAUAAAUGUAUUUGUUCAAGAUCCUGCUCGUGUCAAACUAAUGAAGUUUGUUAAACUCGCUAUAGUACUCAAUCUAGAUGAUGAAGAGGAAUUAGUUGAAAACUUGAGAGGAUUGUUAAAUCAGUUCCAAUUUGGGCGUAAAGUUCUGCAGCUUUUCAUGUAUAGUUUGUCAAGUGGCCAGUCUUCAUUAGCGAUUUUAAGCUCAACCGUACAACAGAAAUUCUUCCUGAGACAGUUGAAGGCAUUCGACAGCAUUCGUUUUGGUCAGCAUGUUACUGGUCAGGCAUCUGUGACAAAUAAAGAAGUUCAGAACCCCAAUAAAAAGACUUCUCCCUACCUGCACUAUAUUUACGCAACUUUACUGUACUCGAGUAAAGGGUUCAUGUCGGCGCUUCAAUAUCUAAGUCGCAUGGGCCCCGAACUAGUAGACGACCCAAUGGUUAAUUUGUUAAUUGGUCUGUCAUACUUCCAUCGCUCUAUGCAAAGACUAACAGGUACAAGACAUUUCCAGAUUUUACAAGGAUUAAGGUACCUGUACAAAUAUCAUAAUGUAAGAACACAAAAAUACACAGUUUUUGAACAGCAGGAAGCUGACUACAACUUAGGAAGAUCAUUUCACCUAAUUGGGCUAUUCACAAUAGCUGUAAAAUACUAUAAUAAAGUAUUAAAUGACUAUGAAGACGUUAUGUUGAAGAAACAUGCCGCUUAUAACUUGGUUUUAAUUUAUAAUGAGAGUGGGAAUCCGCAACUAGCCAACUCAAUAAUGGAAGAGCAUUUAACAAUUUAA